AUGGAGACGGACUAUUCGGCUGACGAUAUCGCAGCAGCGACGAGUUUGCAGUUCUUCCAGUACAUAUACAUUUCGAUAACUACAUUCUGGACCUACAAUUAUGCUUGUUCACUUCAUGAAGAGUGGAGAUUCUUGCUUGUGUCGCACUGGACCAAGGCAAAAGGCCUCUAUAUCGCUACACGAUAUGUCCCCUUUCUGCUUCUCGCCACAAAUCUAUAUUUGAGUUUUAUCCCAAAUGAAACCCCAGGUAAAUGCCGGGUGUUGGACAAUAUCUGCUCAGGGCUCGAUAUACUAUUAGGCGUUUGCUCCGAAUGCUUUUUCAUCUUAAGAACAUGUGCGCUUUGGAACAACAAUAGAAUAUUGCUUGCAGCCAUUCUUGUUACCGCUUUCACUUUUCUCGGAGCCUCCAUCGGUAUUACCUUCGCCACUACUGCUCCCGCAACAUAUGCAAUUAGUGCUAUCCCCGGUAUCACGGGGUGCUACCAGAGCUCGAGUAGUCUCCAGCUCUUCAUACCAUUUCUUCUCCUGUGCGCAUUCGAACUGGGACUUAUGACCCUCACACUCAUACGUGCCAUACAGAGUUGGCGACAAAACCCAAGCCGUCUGUACAUUGUCCUGCUGAAUCAUAACAUAUUUUAUUAUACGUGUGGUCUUUUGUUCUCAGUGGCAAAUAUAUUCACAUCGCUGCUCCUCCAUUACUCCUACCACGCCAUAUUGCACGAUUUUCAGUUCAUCAUCCUUGCGAUCCUCGCCACGCGUAUGCACCGCCAUCUUUGGCAGAUGAAGCGACAAUCACACGGGUCUGAUGCACUCAUGCAAAUUCCUAUGUCUGACAUGUCACCUCCGGAGUGUACGACGUGACACCUUACUGCUAGCUUACUCGGUGUCGUUCGUUCAGCGAAGUGUGUAUUGUACGGGGUUUAGUAGAGUUUCGCUAGACGCUUGGCCUAUCCUAUAGGACUACCUACUUGGGGCGGGAGAUACCUUUAGUUCUAUUCAACAUCUUGGGUGUCAAGUUUUCAGUGUGAGCAGCGGUAGGCGGAUUGAUGAAACAGGAC